UCUGAUCCAGUCACAAUACUGGAGAGGAUAUCAGAGCGAAAUCUGCCUUUUGAAAAUCCCACCACACCUCUGUGCAGCCAUGACUUCAGCUGGAGGACACAUAGGAUUUUGGAUUGUUGCUUUUCUGACUCUUCAUGGUGCAAAUUUUGGAGAAACCAAAACAAACUCCCUCAAUGAGCCUGAUGUGCCUUUCCCACCCGCCUGUCCCACGGCCCAAAACCUGGCUGCCAUUUGCCAUCAGGGUCAGGGUCGACCCAGGUACCUGGCCAGCUUCUUCCCAAGCUCCGGCGCGAGCCACUUCCGCCGUCGUGGAAACGCCAUCAACCGUCUGGAGUCGUGGUACCGUUCAUGCUGCAGUGGCCAAGUGGUGCAGCAGAGCCACCAGAUCCUGUGCUGUGCCCAACAAGCUUGGAAACAAGCUCUGUCUCAGUUCUGUGUGGAGGAAUACUCCACCAUGACUAUGCCAUACGAGUGCUGCGAGGACAGAGGAGACGCUCGGUGGACGUGCUUCAACAGCGAGCUGCCAAACCCAAACUACAGCUCAACACCAGGCUACACUGCACCCAACGUCCCCGAAGAGCCCGGAUUCACCUUCAACCCAAACACUUGCUAAAGUUUUUGUUUGAGCUGCUCAGAAGAGGACAGGUCAUGCUGGUUUGGUUUAUGCUAUGUAAGUCGAAAAUUCUCAGUGCAUCUUUAUUUUUGUCCGCUCUAUAUAUUAACCCAGUUUGUAACAACACGUUUCCAAAUGUUCACCUUUGUUAUUUCUGUCAUAUAGUAUUCUUUGUUAGAAAAAUAAAAGCUAAAAUAAAGAUUUUACAUGAUUUUGUAUGAGUGAACACAUAACUCAGUUUGGCAGCUUCAAAUAAGAGAAAUACCGAUGAAUUUUGAAACAAGUCUUUCAGAUUAUUUUCAAUCCACUCAUGUAAUAAAAGGUUCACACAUGUAAUAAAACAAGUGUCCUCUAGAGUUCACUGUUGCAUGUAAUAGUUGAGUGUGUGACAGAUCCUGAACGGCAAAGUCACAAAUAAACACUUUGAGUUAUGUUAUUGAAAGUAAAUGUAAAUGUGGAAUUCGCCCCAGAUUACAAAAAUAAAUCAAUAAAUCACCCCUGCAAUUCCUGCUUGGCUUCAUAAUAAAAGUGGAACAUACACAUA